AUGUACCACCCGACAUCUCUCUACCAUUCCGCGAUACCGUCAUGUACAGAUAACAGUUGCAUUGAUUUCGGAAUUUAUGGUAUUGAACAGAAUGACUGCUGCCUCGACCUGAACUGCAUUGAGCCAUCAUUGGUGCCUGAGGAACAACAAGCAUAUACCUAUGCUACUGCUGCAUAUAGUACUGGCAGCAAUAGUAUUAAUGAUGCAGUGAUCGAUAGUGCAGACCAAGUGACUAGCCGGAUUUCACGUCGAACGAUCAGGAAAAAGCGCUCAAAAAAGGAUCCGAAUGAACCUCAAAAGCCAGUUUCAGCAUAUGCCUUAUUUUUCCGUGAUACGCAAGCUGCCAUAAAAGGAAAGAGUCCAAAUGCUAGUUUUGGCGAAGUGUCGAAAAUUGUUGCAUCGAUGUGGGAUUCAUUAGAUUGCCAUGCAAAGAAUUUGUACAAACAGAGGACAGAAAUGGCGAAAAAGGAUUACUUGAAAAGGCUUGCAGCUUACCGUGCUCAGCAAAUAUCACGUAAUGAAACAUUUCAACCGGUAUUGGUAUCAGGAAAAGAAGGACCACCAGCAAUGGAAACAAUGAAUUCUGCAACUUCAUCAAACUUAAAGCAAGAAGUAUCUACUGCAGUAGGUGAAAUGACCUUGGCAAAUUUGAUAGCCCGUCCACCAUCAACAAAUUUUUCUUCGCUUUAUCUUAAUCAACGUUUGAAUCAGAAAACGGAAAAGAACAUUGCUGGCAAAAAAUAA